AUGGACUUCACUUUUAACUUCCUGUGUGAAGAUGAUCAGAAGGAGCCCCAGGCAUCAAAGGGGGGAGACAGGCACCAUCUGGGCACGGACAAUGACUCCCUGUUUGGUGCGCCGGAGGGGGAGGAGGGUGGUCAGGUGGUGGACGUGAGCUGGCCGCUGGAGGCCGGGGUGACGGCCUUCAAGGACGCCCCCGAGCGCGCCUACACGGUCGACCGCUUCCGCGACUGGCCCAAGGACCACGCGCGCGAGUCGCGCUUCACCAUGUGCCUCCACACCGGCACCCACAUCGACGCCCCCGCACACUUCCUCGAAGAUGGCCACUCGAUCGAGAAGACGUCGCUGACGCAGCUCGCGGGCAGGUGCUGCGUGCUUGACUUGACCCAGAUCGAGGGGGACGCGAUCACGCGCGAGGCGUUGGAGCAGCACGAGGCGGUCAUAGAGAAGGGCGUCAUCGUGCUGCUCAAGACCGCUAACAGCGCGCUGAGCACGACGGCGCCGUUCAACCCCAAAUUCGUGUUUCUCCACAUCUCCGGUGCCGAAUACCUGCGCGAGAGAGGUCUGUUCCUCAUCUUUCCAAACGUGAACGUUCGAAAUGCUAACAUUUCUGCACCCAGGCAUCAAGGCCGUCGGCGUUGA